AUGAAGAACGGCGCACUCAUCCUCACCGCACUGGCUGCGGCUGCAAAUGUCAAUGCAGGUGUGCACAAGAUGAAGCUAGAGAAGCUCGUUUCUACCGAAUCGUCCCUUAUGGCUGAUGGAGGUCGAAUUUCCCCCGAGCUCGAAGCUGAAUGGCUCCGUCACAAGCACCUCGGAUUGGCCGGUGACUUUAACGGUCAAAAGGCCUUUGGAGGCAUCGGACGGAAAGUCUCUCAGGCGGCUGAAAAGGUCAUUGACGAGGCCGAAUACUGGAUCCAAAUGGUCGAGAAGCGAGACAAUGAAGAGCGGAUGAUGAAGGGUGGCCACGGAGUCCCUUUGUCCGACUACAUGAACGCUCAGUACUACGCGCCCAUCACCAUUGGAACCCCUCCUCAACAAUUCAAGGUCGUCCUUGACACUGGCUCAUCUAACCUCUGGGUCCCAGGUACCCAGUGCUCUUCCAUUGCGUGCUUCCUUCACAGCAAGUACGACUCUUCGGCUUCGUCUACCUACAAGGCCAACGGAUCUGACUUUGCCAUCCAAUAUGGAUCUGGAUCUCUUGAAGGUUUCGUCUCCCAGGAUACUGUAUCCAUCGGUGACAUCACCAUCAAACACCAAGACUUUGCCGAAGCCACCAAGGAACCCGGUCUUGCUUUCGCCUUUGUCAAGUUUGAUGGUAUUCUCGGAUUGGCCUAUGACACUAUCUCCGUCAACCACAUUGUUCCUCCCUUCUACAACAUGUUGAGCCAGGGACUCCUCGACGAGCCCGUUUUCUCCUUCCGACUCGGAGCUUCCGAAUCGGAUGGAGGUGAGGCCGUCUUUGGAGGUAUCGACCACAACUCGUACACUGGCAAGAUCAACUACAUCCCUAUUCGACGAAAGGGAUACUGGGAGGUCGAGCUCGAGAAAAUCACAUUCGGAAAGGAAGACCUUGAACUGGAGAACACUGGUGCCGCUAUUGACACUGGAACUUCGUUGAUUGUCAUGCCUACCGAUGUCGCUGAGAUGCUCAACAAGGAGAUCGGUGCCACAAAGACUUUUAACGGAGCUUAUACCGUCGACUGCAACACUGUACCCUCACUCCCUGAUUUGAGUCUGACCUUUGCCGGCAAAGAUUACACUCUGAAGGGAGAAGACUAUGUCCUCAAAACUGGUGGAUCAUGUCUCUCUGCCUUCACUGGAAUGGACAUCCCAGCUCCCAUUGGCCCGCUUUGGAUCGUUGGAGAUGCCUUCUUGCGCAAGUAUGUCAGCGUCUACGAUCUCGGCAGGAAUGCUGUUGGUCUCGCUGCUGCCAAGUAG